AUGGUAGUCGCAAGUUUAUAUUUAGUUCUCGUCACCCGUUACCAUGUUGGUUGAACGUGUCGGAGGAGAUAAUGACUGUUGCUGCUUUCACGGCCUCUCUAACGGUCCAUUCUCGUCUCUUUUUCUGCUUACAGAUUUCAGGCCAAUCGUCUUGGGAAAGUUCCACGGUGUCGUUCGAAAUUCUCGGCACAUGCUGAGGCUACAGACGUCCCUUAACCGGCGCGGGUUCCCAUGUCCAAGGUGCGCCCGUACCUUUCACACUUCUGGCGGCAUGAGUCGCCACUACAGGCUCGAAUGCGUCGAUCUGCCGCGUUUCAAGUGCCCGCACUGCGAUAUGCGCAGCAAGUAUACUCAGGCUGUGUACAGGCACAUUAGGGCCAAGCAUCACAAUAUGGAGCUAAGGUUUGUCAAGCUUUACUGA